AUGAGUGAUUUACCUUCUCUUAGAAAAAAGAUUGAUUCUCUAGAUAUAACACUAGUCAACAUACUGAACGAAAGAGCCCGUGUUUCAUUGGACAUUGGUGCAGCUAAAAGAAAAUCAAUUACAGCAGAAGAAGAAGCAGAGUCCGAUGUACAUGUGUAUAGACCAGGUAGAGAAAAGGAGAUUUACGAAAAGUUAUCUCGUCUUAAUCCAGGACCACUCAAUGAUGAUUCAUUAAAUGCCAUCUUUAGAGAGAUUAUGUCUGCAUCGAUCGCAUUACAAAAGGAUGUAUCCAUUGCUUAUUUAGGGCCUCAAGGCACCUUUUCUCAUCAAGCAGCUUAUAAUCGUUUUGGUGAUAGCGUUGCCUACGUGGCUCAAAAGCAAAUUAGCGACGUAUUCGAUGCUGUCGAAAAGGGUCAAACAACGUACGGCAUUGUGCCCUUUGAAAAUUCUACGUUUGGCACAGUAGUCGAAACAUUAGAUCGUUUCAUUCAUUCACCUGUUAGAGUACGUGCAGAGACUUAUCUGACGGUACAUCAAUGUCUGUUGUCAAACAGCAAAUUAGAUAAGAUCACAAAAGUGUAUAGUCAUCCUCAAGGAUUAGGCCAAACUCAAAAGUGGCUAUCAGCGCAUAUCCCAACCGCAAGACGUAUCACGGUUCGAUCGACUGCAGAGGCCGCAGAAAAGGCGGCAUUAGAAACAGGAGCAGCGGCUAUUUGCAGUGAAAUCUGUGCAGAGCUUUAUGGGUUGGAAGUCGUGGCGUCCAACAUAGAAGAUGUUUCAGCAAAGAGAUCCAAUAAGACUCGUUUCUUGAUCAUUGGUACAGCAAGCGAUUCUCCUACACAAGAUGAUCAUACCUUGAUUAGUUUCACCGUAGAUCACCGUCAACCUGGUGCACUAUGUGAUGGAUUGAAGGUAUUCAAGGAUUAUGGUCUAAACUUAUUCAAGAUAGACUCUCGUCCAAGUGGUCAACGUCCAUGGCACUAUGUCUUUUUUGUAGAAUGUUCUGGCCAUUUUGAAAAUGAAGAAAUCAAAAAGGCACUCAAGGAUUUGGAUAAAUUCUGCUUGGAUGUUGUCGUGUUGGGUAGUUUCCCAAAUCAGAGACCAGAAUAA